UUUCUUCGUGCUAGUCAUUGAACUUCUCUCAUCGUUUUGGCGCAAAAAGUAGUGCGUUUGUAUGCAAGUAUAUGCUUGCAGAGAUGAGCACAGUCGAGAUUCCUCCGAAUAUGACCAUCUACAUCAACAAUCUCAACGAGAAAAUCAAACUCGUAGAGCUGAAGAAGUCUUUAUUCGCGGUUUUCUCACAGUUCGGGAAGAUCUUGGAGGUUUUAGCAUUCAAGACUCUGAAACAUAAAGGCCAAGCUUGGGUCAUCUUUGAAGAAGUUUCCUCGGCCACCAAUGCCCUCCGGAAAAUGCAGGGUUUUCCGUUCUAUGACAAGCCAAUGAGGAUACAAUAUGCAAAGACAAAAUCAGACGUGAUAACAAAGGCUGAUGGUACUUUUGUUCCUAGGGAAAGGCGAAAGAGGCACGAUGAUAGAGCUGAGAGAAAGAAAAAAGAACAGCAUCAUGAUGCUAAUCAAGCAGGGAUGGGUUUAAAUUCUGCUUAUGCCGGUGCCUUUGGUGCAACACCUCCUCUAUCACAAUUACCAUACAUGGGAGGGGCAAAGUCUGUUCUUCCAGAGGCACCUGCUCCACCAAAUAACAUUUUGUUCGUUCAAAAUCUCCCCGCUGAUACGUCUCCCAUGAUGCUGCAAAUGCUGUUCUGCCAGUAUGCCGGAUUUAAGGAGGUUAGAAUGGUAGAAGCAAAGCCAGGGAUUGCUUUUGUUGAGUUUGGAGAUGAGAUGCAAUCAUCAGUUGCAAUGCAGGGUCUACAGGCUUUUAAGAUAACCCAACAAAAUCCCAUGCUCAUUACUUACGCAAAGAAAUAGAACC